CCACCGGUAGUGCCGCGACGGCGGCGGCGGGACUUGGCGGCGGAUGGGGCGAGGGAGAUCGCCAUGCGGGAGAGGAGGCCCUCGAGGGUUGUAAUGUUGGAUGAGAUAUUGAGCGAGGAGGAGGACGACGGAGAACCUUCGGAUGAUGAGGAUCUGAGGAGGAAGAGGAGGAGGCGAAGGAGGAAGGCGUCGGCGAAGAAGAAACGGAGUACGAAAGAGGAUAAGAAUGCGGAUCAAGAGGAGUCGAAAGCGGUUCAGGAGGAUGAUAAGAAUGUUGAAUCCUCCUCUGGUAACAUCAAAGAAAACAAUGGGAACACUAAGAGGAAGAAGAAGCCGUCGCUUAGGGGGAUAGAUGCCAGAAUGUGCCACCAGUGUCAGAGAAACGACAAAGGACGGGUGGUGAAUUGCGAAAAAUGUGUGCACAAGAGGUUCUGUGUUCCAUGUAUAACCCGAUGGUACCCUCAUUUAACUGAGGAGGAAUUUGCAAAGAAGUGCCCAUUUUGCUGCAAAAAUUGUAAUUGUAAGGCUUGUUUGCGCAUGAGAGGACUUAGCACGCCACCGAAAAAAGAAAUACCAGAUGCCGAAAAAGAUAGAUACUGUCGAUAUAUUCUACACUUACUUCUCCCUUGGCUGAAAGAAUUCCGGUGGGAGCAGAUGAAAGAGAAGGAAAUCGAUGCUAAAAUUGAAGGUGUUGCAGUGAAUGAGCUCAAGUUGCAACUAGCUGAAUGUGAAAUGGAUGAGCGCGUUUACUGCAACAACUGUAGAACCUCUAUUGCGGAUUUUCACAGAAGCUGUCCUAGCUGUUCGUAUGAUCUGUGCCUUAGUUGCUGCCGCGAGCUUCGUGAAGGCCUGAUUCCUGGAGGGGAAGAUAUAGAGCUUGUGCAGUAUGAAGAUAGAGGUAAGGACUAUCUUUUUGGGGGCUUGAACACAAACCGAAGGACCUCUUCAAGGAGGCAUAUUAGUCUAGCUAUGAACAAGACUCCACUGAAAGAUAAAAAGACCCUACUGAACGUUCAAGAUUGGAAACCCAACAGUGAUGGCAGCAUACCUUGCCCGCCAGACGAAUUGGGUGGCUGCGGAAAUGCUAACUUGGAGUUGAAGUGCAUGUUUUCGGAGAAUCUGCUUUCUGAGCUGGAAGAGAAGGCUGAUGCAAUGGCGAGGAGUGGGAAGUUUGCAGAGUUUAUAAAUAUUGAUACUCAAUGUUCAUGCUUCGCAGCGUUGAAUAAUAUUAGUUCCAGUAGUCCGGCAGUGCGUUUAGCCGCUCACAGAGAGAACUCAGAUGGUAACCAUCUCUAUUGUCCAAGUGCUAGAGAUAUUCAAGAUGGGGCAAUAGAGCAUUUCCAAAAGCACUGGUCAAAGGGUGAGCCAGUUAUUAUACGGGAUGUGCUUGAAUUUACAUCUGGCUUGAGCUGGGAGCCGUUUGUUAUGUGGCGUGCGUUACGAGAGAAGAAAAGGCAGGAAAAUAUAACUGAGAAUUUGGCUGUUAAGGCCGUUGAUUGUCUUGAUUGGUGUGAGGUUGAGAUAAAUAUCCACAUGUUCUUUGCUGGAUAUAUCAAGGGGCGAAGCCAUGGCAACUUAUGGCCUGAGAUGCUUAAACUGAAGGAUUGGCCCCCAUCGAACUCAUUUGAGGAGAGAUUGCCGCGCCAUGGUGCAGAAUUUAUCACUGCCUUGCCAUUUCCUGAAUACACGGAUCCUCGUUAUGGCCCUUUAAAUCUUGUAGUGAAGCUGCCUAAAGGUGUUUUGAAGCCAGAUAUGGGGCCAAAAACAUAUAUUGCGUAUGGACUCGCUGAAGAGUUAGGGAGGGGCGAUUCUGUCACCAAGCUUCACUGCGAUAUGUCUGAUGCAGUAAAUGUCUUGACACAUACAGCUGAACCAUCAUUUGAGAACUACAAUGCUCAGAAAAUAAUGAACUUGAAAAAGAAAAUGAGGGAACAAGAUGAAAAAGAACUGUCGGAGGUUAUACAAAUAGAUUCAGAAAAUGACUUACCAGACCUAGACCAGGCUGAACCUAUGAAGGAAGUAAUUGAUGGUCAUUCUGAGGAUUGUAGUAAUGAGCGAAAACUAUGUCAUGCGGAAGAAAUGGAUACCCAGGGAAAUGCUGAUGGUGGAUUUUUUGAGCUCAAAACAGGAAUAAGUAAAUCCCCUGGCUCUGACAGUGCAAAUAAAGAACAAAAACCCUCAUCUGAUGAUUCAGACGCCUGUGACAAACUAAAGGAUCAGCAGGUUGACCAGAAUGAAGUUUCCAAUUUGCAUCAUAAAACUGAAGAGAUUAAUCAAAUACACAAAAUGGGGGAUGAAAUAAACCAAAUGAGUGGCAAGUCAGAUGACCAACAAAUUUACAAGGAAGAGUUCGAUAAGGGGACCUCUUUACAAAAUGGUUCAGAAGAAUCCAAGAGAAGUACUGAUGUUAUUGGUGGAUUAGAGAAGGGAAGUUCUUGUCUGGAGAUAAAUUCCAAAACUGGCACAAGUCAAAUGGCCAGUAAAGACGAACUUCUUUGUGAUGAUGAUAAACCUGUAUCUGCUGUGAAAACGGAAGGUAAUGAUGAUUCUUGCUGCAGGGUUGUCGGUUUAGAAGAUGAUUCUGGGCAGUUGUGCAUAAAAAACGAAGAUAAUGCGUUGAAUGACAAAGUGAAAGAUGAUGAGGGCACGACUUCUGUGCAAAAUGCAACUAAUCGAAGUAAGAAGAGAAAAAGGGGGAGGCCCAAGGGUUAUAAAGUGAAAAAGGAGGUAAGUGACCGCAAUGUUACCUCCAAUUUGCCUGAUCAUUUAUGCGAAGCUAACUCUGAGACUAUGCCUAAACAAACUGAAGAAGGUCCCAAUGCUUCUAAUAUGGUGGAGGAUAUGGGCAAAUCGAGAAGUAGAAAAGGCUUCUCUUGUCAGAAAAUGGAAGAAGUUGACCCUGACGAUAUUGAAACUCAAAAUGAUGGUCUUGAUGGUGUAGAUGUAGAAAAUGGUGUUGAUCCUAAGAAUAUUUCAGAUGAUGAAGAAAAGGGAGGUGCUGUGCGAAGUAUUGAGGAAAAAUAUGCUGUAUCUAAUGACAAAGUAGUGGGACCAAAGCCAGAAGGAGGUGCUUUGUGGGAUAUUUUUCGAAGAGAAGAUGGUGACAAAUUACAAGAUUAUCUUAGGAAGCAUGCUGGAGAGUUUAGGCAUGUUCACUGCAACCCGGUGAAACAGGUUAUUCAUCCUAUUCAUGAUCAAGCUUUCUAUCUAACUAGAGAGCACAUUAAAAAGCUCAAGGAAGAAUAUGGGAUUGAGCCGUGGACGUUUGAGCAAAAGCUUGGUGAGGCUGUAUUCAUACCAGCUGGGUGCCCCCAUCAAGUCAGAAAUUUGAAGUCAUGCAUAAAGGUGGCGCUUGAUUUUGUUUCCCCGGAAAAUGUCCACGAGUGUGUUAGAUUGACAGAAGAAUUUCGCCUACUUCCAUCAGAGCACAGGGCUAAGGAAGAUAAACUCGAGGUUAGGAAGAUAGCUCUUAAUGCAUUCAAGGAUGUCAUAGAAGAAUUGACAGAUGAAUCUCGCCGACUUCAAUCAGAGCAUGGGACUGAGGAAGAUGAACUUGAGGUUGAGAAGAUAUCUCUUAAUGCAUUCAAGGAUGUUAUAGCAGACAAAAAACCUAAGAGAAGGUCCAAAUCUAAGAAGGUGAAACAAGAAUCAGUUAUGGAUACUGAAGCCAAAGAAAUGCCCGUGAAAGAAGGCUCUUUACAAUCAGCGGAGGUGGAUUAAUAAUCAUCUUAAGAACAUUUCUUGAGUUCUCAUUCGAGUAGUACUAACAUCUUGGUGUUGCUCUAUUUCGCCAUUUAAUUCUGCGAUAUAUUUUUGUUUCACUAUGUUAGUCAUAGACAAUUCCAAGAAUUAUUAAAAAUUCUUGGCAGGAACCGUGUAUCUUAUACUCCUUGCACUCUACGGUAUAGUUUUGACCAUCGGCCAUGUACUCUCAUGGUAAUACCGGUUCGAAAGAGUGUUUUUGUAAUAUCCUCAUGAAAUUAUCUCGUAUUUAUUAGUAACUAGCUACGCCAGUGUAUAAAUACUACUACAUACAUCUCCAAUUUUUUAGUUAUCACUGCGGUUACUGCCCCUUCACUGUAGAAGUUACGGAUCUUAUGUCUAAAUUUCUGUUUUCUUA